GGCGGGGUGGCUCUGGGACGUUGGCGCUGCUGGCGGCGGGGCUUAAGCUCCGGUGACCGCCUCGGGCCGGCAGGAAGGGGCUUGCAUGCAUGGGCGUGGCUGGCACUGGGCUGGGGCGGGGCCUCAGGGUGGGCGGGGCCGCUCAUCGCUCCUCUUUCUGUUCCUGGCUCCCUUCCGCCCGCAGGUCGCCCAAGUCCAGCCCCACGACGCAGUGCCGACUCCCCGCUGUGCCCCCAGCCCGGCCCGGGUUGCGGAGCCCUGCUCCUGGGCCUCUGCCUGCUGGGUCCACCCUGGGGGAAGCGCCCGUCAUACCCUCCACACCGGGGGCUUCCCCUGACCCCUUCGGCCCUCCCCCGGCAGGUGCCCUCGCGCCCCUCCCGGGGUCCCCAGGCCAGUCCUUCCCCGCGCACCUGGUGACCUUUGCUCCUCCACCCACCAGCCAACUCGCCAGAGAGCCAGAGCUGAGCAUCCUUCACAUCCAGACAUCUGAUGCUCCCCUCAGCCCUGCAGAGAGCCAGCAUGCUGGCUGCUUUUCAGAUGGGGAAACUGAUGGCCAAGAGGGAAACGUGCUUCCAAUCUUCCAGGAAAUAAUGAAGGCUCCGGAUGAGAAAAAGCAAACAAAGGACAGUGGGACCAUGGGCGUCCCCACCCCUGCCACCUGCAGGCCCCACACUCAAACCAGCGCCCGUGCCCACGCCCAUGCAGCCGUCCUCUGCCAGGCCCCAAGAACGGCUGUUACUUUGGGGGCAGGGCCCCUCUUCUGCUCCUGGCCCAGGGCCACCAUCCCCCCAGGUCCUGGGAACCUGAGUGGUGAUUGGCCUUGGGGCUCCCUCCAGCAACAGUGGAACAACAGAGACCAGCCCCCACCCCAGCCAGUGUCCAGGAGGCUCGUGGGACUGUGAUGUCACCACCAAGCCCUGGCUGAGGUAACCCAACAUGGAGCCAGGCCUGUCUUGCCCCCUAGAGAGAAGGGAGGAACCUCAGGUGGGCCUCCUGCCAGGCACCGAGCCUCAUCCACCCUCCAACAUCUGCUCGUGGUGGGAGAGGGUGAAUUCCCACCCUCUCACUGACACAGCCUCAGACCUCCUGGAGGCCAGGGCUCCAGGUGAAGACCAAGUCUUCGUACCCCCGGACCCAGCCAGAGCCUGGCACAGGGCAGGAGCUUAGCAAAUGUUUGUUGAAUGAAUGAAUGCAUGGAUGGGGGCUUUGUGUGUGAUCAAGUGCCAGGCUCUGGAGUCUAGUGACCUGAAGAUACGGAUUCAAGUCCUACAAGGAUCAAACCAGGGCUUCCUGCAAGGUCAAGCAAGAACCCCCUGAGUUGUUCAGAAGGGGCCACGCAGCAGUCGGCCAGACCUGGGAGGCUGUGCCUGACCUUCUGCAAGUCACCUCUCUGGGGGCACUACCACAGGAAAGGCAAUGUCAAGUGAUGGGACUGCUUCAUCCAAAGGUCAAUCCCAAGCUAAAUGACCCUGUCAUUUUGCAGGCCGAGGCACAAGGGAGGCCCCAUUCAUCUUCCCUGGAGUCGGCAUCCCUUUCAUGGCGGGGCCACCUCUCAUCUGAACAUCUUCACCCCCCAGAUAUUCCUUCUGAACCCCCCAUCCUCCUCCCCUUCCCUUGGGACCAUAAACCCACCCCAAGAGUGAGUCCUAGCUCCAGGGCCAGCUCCCAAUCCUGCCUCUGUCUGGUGGCAGCUGGGGCCAGGCUGAAGGUCUGUCCUAGACUGAGCCAUAAAGGCAAAAAUAAUACUUAGUCCUAAUAGAAGUAAAGCACUUCACCCUAGAUGAGCCCUGGUCCUGGUCACACACAGAACCUAGACCUUUAUUUAGAGAUGGGCCAUUAAUUUGUCAUGUGGGCUGGGCAUGGUGGCUCGAACCUGUAAUCCCACUUUGGGAGGCCCGAGCAGGAGGAUCACUUGAGGCCAUGAGUUCGAGACCAGCCUGGGCAACAUAGCAAGACCACGUCUCUACAAAAAGAUUUCAAAAUUAACCAGGUUUGGUGGCAUGUGCCUGUAGUCCCAGCUACUGCAGUGAACCAAGAUUGUGCCACUGCACUCCAGCCUGGGCAACGGAGCAAGAUCCUGUCACAAAAAAAAAAUUAUCACGUGGCCAAAGUUAUUUCCAGGCUCUGAGCGCCAGCUUCUUCAUCUUUCCAACAGAGGUCCUUCACCUGGGCUAAGUGUUAAAUCAGAAAACCCCUAUUCAGAGGUUGGCCUGCAGUUCCCUGACCUGGUAACACUGGGGAGCAUUGGCUGCUGUCACCUGCCAGCUCCCACCCCCACCCAACACUUACAGACCAAGCAUCACUAGUUUUUGCAGCUGCCAUGAUAAAUGGCACUGUCAGCAAAAUGACAUCUUUCUAAUCUGCCACAAGACAGACGGGUCCCCGAGCUCCCGCAGCCUCCCGAGAGCCAGCCCAGGCCAGCCUUGUUGAGAGGAUGGGCAGAUGCAAAGCCCAGGGCCUGGGGGCGGGUGGGAUGGAGAGGAGACCUCAGGGCCCAGAAUCAAGGACAUCCCUAGUGGGGUUUACCACAGGCUCUUUUCUAAAUAUUUAGUUGUAUGUGUGCUUUUAAAAAUAUUCCAAAGAAUAUUAUAUGCUCUGUUCCUUUCUGACCAAAGUUAGGGCUUCAAUUCAAUUUUCUUUUCUUUUCUUUCUUUUUUUUAGACAGGGUCUUGCUGUAUCGCCCAAGCUGGAGUGCAGUGGCACAAUCACAGCUCACUGCAGCCUUGACCUCCUGGGCUCAAGCGAUCCCCCCACCUCAGCCACCUGAGUAGCUGGGUCUAUAGGCGCCAGCUACCAUGCCUGGCUAAUCUUUGUAUUUUUUUUGUAGACACGGGGUCUCGCCAUGUUGUCCAGGCUGGUCUUGAAGUCCUGACCUCAAAUGAUCUGCUUGCCUUGCUCUCCCAAAAUGCUGGGAUUUCAGGCUUGGGCCACUGCACCCAGCCUCAAUUUUCACUUUAAAUUAAAACCUGGAAAUUGUUCAGGUUUGUAAGGAUGAACCAUUAGACACUGGUUCUGAGGCAGUGCUCUCUUCCUGUCACCCUCUGCUCUGCGGAACAGUCUGCCUCUGCCUGAGCCAUUGGGUCUGGGGGCUUUCUCACCCCCCUCCUCCCUCCCACUCCCUCCAUGGCUCCCACCCUCCCACCCAGCCUCUUUGCUGACCUCAGCCGCAUCCCCUCCAUGCCUCACGCUGGCCUGGGACUGCCAUGUUCCUGUGUCCACGAGCAGAGGUGAAUUGGGGCUCUGGAUGCCAAGAACAGAGGAAGGACAAAUACCAGCCCCAGAGACCCUCACCUCCUCAAGACCAACAGGAGCUGGCGCCUGUCCGCCCAGCAGCAGCAAAGCCAGAGCGGGUGCCAGCCAGGGUGGGUAGGCACAGGCCUGGGCUUGAAGAUUGAGACAGCGCUGCCCCCUCCUGGCUAAUUCAUGGCUGUUCCUCUGACAGGCACUGCCAGGCUAAGCUGUUGAGGUUGGGGACAUAGUGAGUGACCCCAAAAACAGCAUGUGACAAGCUGACCUUCCCUGCAGUCUGCCCAGCUGGGAGCUGCCUCCCACUCUGCCCAUCCUGUCCGAGCUUCUCCCAAAGCAUCUUCCGGCCCUCACACCUUCAGGGCAAAGCCCGAGGCCCCUCCCAGUUGCCCACAAGGUGGCCCCGGGUAGCAGCCUCGCCCCCUGCACCCCAGGCCCCUGCUGCUCUGUGCUUCCCCAGUUCCCUGUCACUGCACCUGCAUGCUUUGCUCUCACCUUGACCUCCACCUUCGCCCUCCCCAGCAGUCUCCUCUUGUCCUCUUAGGUCCCUCCCCGAGGAAACUCCUCUCCCAACUCCCAACCAGAGGGACUCCGCUCCUCUGCCUGCACCCCGACCUGCCCUGCCCCUGUCUCAGGGACUGCACACUGUCAGCACAGUCCCACAGUUCUGGAACUUGGGGGAACCUAGACCUCUUCCAGGCCUACCCUGUGCACUGUCUAAAGGGCAAUCCUGAGCCCAGAGAGGGCAGGAGCUGCACAAGGCCACACAGCCUGUAAUGGCAGUUAGGACUGGAAUGCAGCUCUCCCGAGUCUCUGCCUGGGGCUCCUUGGAGGACAGACACAUGGCUUCCCCACCUGGUGAACCAGAAUGGAACUCUUCAAGGACAGGGACUGUAUCAUUCCUUCCAGUGUCCCCAGCCCCUCACCCAGAGCAGGACCCACAGGAAGCAACUGUGAACAGAAAAGGAAAAAACAAAUACAUGAAAAUAUAUCUCUAA